AUGUGGGAACAAGGGUCUGCAGAGAACAUAGAACAGAUUUGCAUUGACACUGGGCAUAAUGCAAAGCCUACGUGCACAACACACCACAGACGUCCAGAAAAAUCCCUGGGAGACAUGUCGGCCACAGAUAAUCAUGCUGUUUCGGGUGGAGACCGCGCUUCAGUCUACUAUCAGUCAGCUGUCAUCUUUACAUUGACAACUCUGCGAUCACCUCCUAUAAAUAUUUAUGACGCCUUUCGUGUGUCGUCGUCUUUAAAAGCAGCCUCGUCCCCUGGGAGAGAAAACCAUCUUCAUCCAGCUUCAUCUCCACUUUCGUCUAACACAGGAAGACUCUUAGGUGUUGGUGCUGUUGUAAAUCAGGAGUGCAGACGAGGCUCUAGAGAAAAGAAAGCAUUUGUUGGAAACCUCGCAAACCACAAAGCAGUCCUUUCCAGUUUAUGUGUUCCCACGAGAGAAGGUGAAAGGUGGAAUAAAGCAUCAGAGAGAAACAAACAGGGACUCAAAGAAUUUGUCAAACAUCUUAAUGCGCUUCCAAUAGGAUGUCUUCUCAGUAAAAGGCUGCAGUGGAUCAUGCUGGCAGAGUCGGAUUAUUCUGCCAAUACCACCUGCUAA